AUGAGCAAAAAUGAGCCAACUUUCUAUGUGAAGAAGCAAGGUAAAACUGAUUUCUUAAUGAUGUGUCUUUAUGUAGAUGAUAUGAUUUAUAUGGGCUCUUGUGAAUCUCUUGUUGCUGAAUUUAAGUCUUUCAUGAUAAAAAAGUUUGAAAUGACAGACUUGGGGUUGUUGCAAUAUUUUCUUGGUCUUGAGAUUAAACAAAGUUUAGAUGGUAUUUUUGUCUCGCAAAGAAAAUAUGCAACUGAUCUUCUUAGGAAAUUAUAUAUGUUGGGGUGUAAGAUAGCUUCUACACCUAUGAAUGUAAAUGAGAAACUCAUAUCUGAUGAUGGUGCGGGUUUGGCGGAUGCUCGAUGCUUUAGAAGAAUAGUUGAUGGUUUGAAUUAUUUAUCGCACACACGGCCCGACAUAGAAUUUUCUAUUAGUGUAGUUUCUAGAUUCAUGCAUAACCUAAAAAAACAUCAUUUUGGGGUUGUAAAGCGGAUUUUACGAUAUAUUGCCGAAACUACUGAUUUUGGAAUUUGGUACUCUAAAACAUCAGAUUUUAGAUUGUUUGAUUUCACUGAUAGUGAUUAUGCAGGGUGUUUGGAUAACAAAAAAAGUACUUCUGGAUAUGUGUUCUCUCUUGGUUCAGGUGUUAUAUCCUGGAGUUCAAAGAAGCAAGAGAUUAUGGCCUUAUCAUCAUCCGAAGCAGAAUAUAUUGCUGCUACUGCAUCAUCCUGUCUAGCGGUUUGGCUAAAGAGGUUGCUUACUGAUGUCUUUCAGGAGCAGGCUGCUGCAACUGAAAUUUUCUGGGACAACAAAGCAACUAUUUCAAUGAUAAAAAUUUGGCAUUUCAUAGUAGGACAAAGCAUAUUGACAUUCGAUACCACUUCAUACGAGAUCUGGUAG